UUUGCUGUUUUAUAGCGGUUUCUCUGUCAUCGCCUUAAUACAGACUUGUCGGUAGGCUUGUUUUUAGCAGUCGUAAAGAUGCCUUUCAUUGACAUCCAAAGUAACUUACCGGCCACCUCAUUCUCUGAGGACUUUGUGAAGAAGCUGAGCUCCAGCGUUGCGGCUGCACUGGGAAAACCAGAGGACAGGAUGAACGUGGUGGUGAAGCCUGGUUUGCUGAUGCUGAUAGCUGGUUCUUGCGCUCCAUGUGUGAUGCUGUCAGUGUCAGCUAUUGGUGUAACUGACACUGCUGACAAGAACAAGGAGCACAGUGCCAAAAUCUUUGAGUUUCUGACCAGAGAACUUGGUCUGACUGAAGACAGGAUUGUUAUUCAGUUCUACGCAAUGCAGCCUCACCAGGUCGGGAAGAGGGGAACUGUCAUGAGCUUCUUGUGAUGGUUGUUAUUUUUGACAUAUCUCACAAUUUCAUUCCUAAAACAAGAAGGAGAAUAAGAAUACUAAUCACACACUAAUAUAAAGAUAGUUAUUUUCAUGUCAUACCCAGUUAGUGUCUGAACUAACUGAACAUGUUUUAUGUGUCUGAAGCUUUUCAUAAAGCUGUAAAAAAUGUUAAUUUCAUUUGUAACAAUUAAAAGACCUUUUGCUGUUAGUAUUC